AGUUCUCUGGAGGAGGAACCGAUUUAUAUAUUUGUGCUAGCUGGGCUAGAGGCAGGCCUACAGCAAAGAGACCGGAACAAUACUUUCUCUUUGAGCAGCAGGCACCUUCCCGCCUCCAGAGUUCUUGUCCUUCCGCCAUGUGGCUCUGUGCCCUGGUCUUGGCUUCUCUUGCUGUUUGCACAGUUUGGGCAGGGCACCCGUCCUCACCACCCAUUGUGAACACUGUUCAUGGCAAAGUCCUGGGGAAGUAUGUCAGCUUAGAAGGAUUUGCACAGCCUGUGGCCGUCUUCCUGGGAGUUCCCUUUGCCAAGCCCCCUCUUGGCUCCCUGAGGUUUGCUCCACCACAGCCUGCAGAGCCCUGGAGCUUCGUGAAGAAUGCCACCUCCUACCCUCCUAUGUGCUCCCAGGAUGCAGUUGGAGGGCAGGUGCUCUCGGAGCUCUUCACCAACAGGAAGGAGAGCAUUCCUCUCAAGUUUUCUGAAGACUGUCUCUACCUGAAUAUAUACACCCCUGCCGACUUGAGAAAAAACAUCCGAUUGCCUGUGAUGGUGUGGAUUCAUGGAGGUGGACUGAUGAUAGGUGGAGCAUCACCGUAUGAUGGACUAGCUCUCUCUGCCCAUGAGAACGUCGUGGUGGUAACGAUUCAGUAUCGCCUUGGUAUUUGGGGAUUACUCAGACCUUCCAAGCUCUUGAGAGCCCUGCCAUGGCAUCUAUACCCCCAUUACACCCUGUCAUCUUGCAGCACAGGUGAUGAACACAGCCCUGGGAACUGGGGUCACUUGGAUCAGGUGGCUGCACUACGCUGGGUCCAGGAUAACAUUGCAAAUUUUGGAGGGAACCCAGGCUCUGUGACCAUCUUUGGAGAGUCAGCAGGAGGUAUCAGUGUCUCUGUUCUUGUGCUGUCUCCUCUGGCCAAGAACCUCUUCCAUAGAGCCAUUUCUGAGAGUGGCGUGGCCCUCACUGAAGGCCUGGUCAAGAAGAACACCCAGUCUGUGACUGAACUAAUUGCCACUGUUUCUGGGUGUAAAACCACUACCUCAGCUGUCAUGGUUCACUGCCUGCGCCAGAAGACAGAGAAUGAGCUCUUGGAGAUCGCACUGAAUUUGAAUCCUUUUGACACGGAUGACAAUGGAGACCACGGAGAGUCCCUGUCCACUGUGGUUGAUGGAGUGUUUCUGCCAAAGACUCCAGAAGAGAUCCUGGCUGAGAAGAGCUUCAACACUGUCCCCUACAUGGUGGGCAUCAACAAGCAAGAGUUUGGCUGGAUCAUUCCAAUGAUGAUGGGUGAGCUCUUCUCUGAAGACAAAAUGGAUGAGAAAAUGGCCCGUUCCCUCCUGUGGAAGUUCCGCUCUGCCCUUAACAUCUCUGAGAAUAUGGUUCCAGCAGCCAUUGAGAAGUAUUUAGGACAAACAGACGACCCUGUCAAAAAGAAAGACCGUCUCCUGGACCUGUUUGGAGAUGUAUUUUUUGGUAUCCCAUCUGUUCUCAUGGCCCGUGGACUCAGAGAUGCUGGAGUUCCUACCUACAUGUAUGAGUUUCAGUACUGCCCAAGCUUCAUAUCUGGCAAGAGACCCAAGACGGUGUUGGGAGAUCACGGUGAUGAAAUAUUCUCUGUAUUCGGGGCUCCAUUUUUAAAAGAGGGCGCCUCAGAAGAGGAGACCAAGCUCAGCAAGAUGGUGAUGAAAUUCUGGGCCAACUUUGCACGCACUGGGAACCCCAAUGAGAAGGGGUUGCCACACUGGCCAGAGUAUGACCUGAAAGAAGGGUACCUGCAGAUUGGAGCCACCACCCAACAAGCCCAGAAACUGAAAGGGGAGGAGGUGGCUUUCUGGACUGAGCUCCUGGCUAAGAAGUCACCUCAGACAGUACACACUGAGCUGUGAAUGGGCUCUCUGCCAGUCUCGGGACCAAAAGAGCCAAGAUGGGACUAUUCUACAAAAGAUGUUGCUCAGGGAAGACGGAUCUUACAGAGGAAAAUGCAGGAUUGGAUAGUGGGGGAUGGGCAGUGACCAAGGAGGGGGAAUAUUUGUACCUCAAUGUGAAAAAUA